AUGUCGGAACUCUUCGACAGCUACGCCUCUGACUUGCAGCAGCUCAAGGACGGCAUCAGGCAGAAGAUCGACUCGGCCAAAUCGCAGAAUGGCGAAGCCAAAAAGUCGACGCUGCGUCGCGCCGAGAUGGAGCUCGAAGAGGCCGAAGAGGUGAUCUCCCAGAUGGACAUCGAGGUGCAGGGAUUCCCACAGUCUGUUCGGUCACGCUUCUCGGUCCAAAUCCGAGGUUUCAAGCAAGAAAUCCAGGGUCUGACCAAGGAGGUUCGUGCCGGUCUCGCCUCUUCCUCCAGCGGCUCGGGGGGCGCGGCGUACAACCCGGCAUAUGCGGAUGAUGAUGCAGACCUCGAGGCUGCUGAUUCGGCAACGGCAAAUCGUCAGAGACUACUCCAGGGGACCGCUUCGCUCGAGGAUGGAACCAGGAGACUCGAGGAGUCCAACCGCCUUGCGCUCGAAACCGAAGACCUCGGCGCCGAUAUCCUCCGCGACCUCAGAAGCCAGAGAGAACAGAUCGAGAACUCGAGAGACACGCUCCGACAAGCGGAUCAGAGCAUCGACCGCUCGUCCAAGACUCUGUCAAAGAUGAUUCGACGGGCCAAACAGCAAAAACUGGUUACCGUAGGCAUCAUUGUCUGCCUCGUGCUGCUCAUCCUGCUCAUCCUGUACAACAAGUUCUUCUAG